UCAUCUCCGCCAGUUUUCACGUAAACAAACAAAAAAUCACCCAAUCGAUCGGGCAGCGCCAGCACUAUUUUUCAUUGUUUCCCGGAAAUUGUGCAAAGAAAUUUCCGUUUCCGAUUCGCCUGUGCUAUCUCUAGCCGAGAAUCGUUCAAAAUUGAGAACAACAAAGGAAAACCAGGUGCAGGAAAGUCUUCCUCGAAGGGUGGUGGUGGCAGUAGCAGCGGAAGCGGAAGUUCAAACACUAAUUCGCGGCAGUCCCAACAGAUCGGGGCCAUGAAACCGACCGUCGUUGCCGAUGAGAUGUUCCCGGAAGGACCCGGGCCGUUUCUCGAUCUGGAGGAGGCUGGUGGUUCCACUGGAUUGUUGAUGGAUCUGGCAGCGAACGAGAAGGAUGUCCAUGCCGAUUUUUACAAUGAUUUUGAGGAUUUGUUCGACGAGGACGAGGAUAACCUUAUUUAAGAGAGAAUGAAGUUAUGUAAAGCAAAAUAAUAAAAGCAAAUUAAUUUAA